UUGAAGGAGCGGAGGAUAAAAGCUGAAGUGAAGUUCUACUCCAAACCUCCCAGUUGGAAUGUUUACUCCGGUAAAAUGGGAACUCAGAAUGUAAAAACGUCAAAACUUCAAACGGCUAAACGCCUGUUUGUUGGUUGGUUUGUUGGAGAGUGGAGUAAGCUAUUCAGCUGGAUCCUUGAGAUAGAGAUGGGUUUGGUUUGGGGUAUAUCUGGUUUAUCCCUGAUAUCCUUUAUAUUCACCUCUAUAUGGUACAUCGAUCCAGCUCUACUCACUAUGGUACUACAGUUCCAACCAGCUACAUGUACCACGGUGUACAGUGCAUAUCUGAUUGGAAUAUCUAACUGUACAUGGACAAGCUGUAGACAUGGUUGUACAUCAGAAAUAUAUAAAUGUUGGCAUGUUGUUGUAAACUAUACUCUUAUCUCUGGUUCACGUCCAAUACCUCCUCCUUGGUCCAGUUUAUCAUCUUUAUCCAUCCCUUCUUCUCCUGAUUCUUCAGCCAACCUUCCAACUAAACUAUAUCCUAAUGUUAGAGGAUGCGGAUAUCCCCCUAGUUUACAGUGUGAAGAUUUCUAUUCUGAGUUUGGUUCCGUUGAUAGUUCAUAUCCAUGUUGGAUAUCUCAUAUAGAUUCUAAUAUUGCUCUUACAGAGCUAGAUCUGAAGAAACUCAAGGAGGAAGUUAUGUACAGUCUUAUUCCUCUUGGAACCUUUAUAUUAUCCACCCUGUAUGCUCUAUGUAGACUUGGAGUAUUCUCUAUAUGCAAUCCUCUCCGUUGCUGUCCCAAGGUUUCCGGUUCUACGGAGCAAACCCGUCUUACUCCUAAGCAGUUGUUCAGGUAUAAAAAAGCACUCCUGGCUAAGAAAUCUGAAGAGAAUGAACUUGAACCUAAACCUGGAAAGUUUGAAAAUCCUGAGAUUAUCCUGGAAAGUAAUGAGGAUAAGAUUGAAGAAAAGAAGAUAAGUCCUAUCCGAGAAAUAACUAAACUUGAACCACAAAGAGUAAACUGGGACAGAAACUGCUUUGAUAUUAGCGAGGAAGAUUUUGCAGUUGCCUUAGAACAUUUUGAAAAUAUCCCAUAAUUGCUGAUUACAAAUCUAAUUCAAAUAGAAAACUUUGGUUUAUCAAAUUAUUAAAUGUUUAAA